AUGACCCCCGGAAGCGGCAAACCACAGCGGAUCCUCUUUGUUGAUGGCCCGUCGCUGGGCCGCGGGGGUGACGCUAAAUCCCGCAACACGCGCUCAGCCCUGAUCCGCCGCCUCAUCUCGGAGAAACAGAGUGCAUACCGACAGGAGGAGGAAGCCAAGCGAGAGCAGUUGAUUGCUGAACGUCAGGCACGGGACCAGCACUUGGCGGCGCGCUGGUGUACCUGUACUGGAACGGGCAGGGACCCGGCCCUGGGCCCGGAGGAGGGUCGCGGAUCUCCCGAGACUCAGGCUACGGGGACCAGAACUAGCGUAAUAGUACCUCAGAAUCAGAUGCAAAGCAGCGAUGGGAGUGGGAGUCUCUUCCAGAUCUGCGGGACUUGCGGAGGAUGGCGUGUGUCCGACCAGACCUCCCCGGCCCUGUCCCCCGGUCUUGCCACUGGCAGGGCAGACCCCUUUUCUCCGGUGGAUCCCAACCUGGGGCCAAGUGUAGACGAUAUAUUCCAGCAUGCGUUUAUGCAUCUCUGGCCGAACUUCCGCCGCACCGAUUACGCCGGGAGAUGCUACCAAUCGCGGGUGGCACCCAACGUGCAGAACAAUCUGUUGAUCUAUAGCACCCUCUGGGCCGCCUCGUGCCAUCGAGACGUCCUGCGCAUCAGCUACGGGUCCAAUCCGGUGCUGGACACCAAGGAUCAGCUGUACUACAAGGGGCGACUUCUGCGGCUGCUGCGCGACCAUGUGGCCGACUACACCAAGGAAGAAUGGCGAGACGGCGUCAUCCUGGCCAUCCUGCAUCUGGCCGUCAACGAGACCACGCGACGAGACCUUAGCCGCGACCCGAGCCCGUUCACGCCCCCGUUUGUGGACAUGCAGUCGCUGUCGUUCUAUGGCAGUCGGGACUACCACACCCUGCAUUGGGAUGUCAUUUGUAAUCUGCUGCGCCAGCUGGGCGGGAUCCAGUCCAUCAAGCUGUACGCCCUGGGCUGGUUGAUUACAAUCGCGGAUCUAAUGAAAGCGGCCCACUCUCUGACCAAACCGCUCUUCCCCCGGGUCGACGUUGAAGGCAACGAGAUCAACCUUCCAUCCCCUCUGCAAGUCUUUCCCCUCCCGGACGACCCAUCCACGAGGAGGAACGUCGGCUUCAGGGAUCUGCGGGCCCCCUGCCCACCGGUGAAAGAGACCAUCGUGGACGUCUUCCUCCACCUCAGCGAAUACUCCACCCUGGUGCAAUGGUACUACAAUCGCCUCCUCGAUCCGUCGAACUGCGACCGGUUCGCCGACGUUCGCAACCAAGUCCAUCACGCCCUCUUCAGCCUGCCCGACGAACACGACCCCGUCGAAACCGUCCUCGAGAUGUGCGACCUGUCCCCAGAUGACCUCUCCGUGUCGCAUGGGCUGUACCUGACCUGCCGACUGGCCGCGAACCUGUACGCAACGCAUGUGACCUUCCCGCUCCCGCGAUCUGCCCUGCUCCGCGCCAUGAUCCUCCCGCUUCUCGCCAGCAAACUCGACCAAAUGAUGCAGAUCGUGUCCAGUCCCUUGCUUCUCUGGUGCGCUACCGUGGCGGCCAUCGCGGCGGAAGAGAUGCCGGAGCACCCGCGGCUAGUAGGACAUGUUGCCAGCCUCUGUCGGGAGUUGAAGAUCACAUCGUAUCCGCACUUGGUCGGGAUCCUGGAAUCCUUCGCCUGGGUGGAAGUCGCAUGCGCAGGGGGAUGUCGUCGACUGUGGGAGAGAGUAACAGUCACCGGAGAGGGCGAGGGCGAGGGCGAGUACCUGGAUGAUAUAUCUACCUAA